AUGGCGUCAAAUAAUAAUAAUAAUAUUAAUAAUAAUAAUAAUAAUGAUAAUAAUAAUAAUAAGAAUAAUAAUAGUAACAAUGUUAUGGAGAUUUCAAUGGUUUUGAAAGCGGAUAAGCCGAGAGAAUCCUUUCAAAACAAGGAGGAUAACAACGACGAUGUAUUUUCAAUGAAACCGACUACAACUACUACCAACAUUACCACUACUACUACUACUGUUGCUGCAGCCGCCACUAUUACUACUACUACUACUACUACUACUUCAGCUACUACUGCUACUACUGCUACUACUACUAAUACUUUUGCAGAUUCUAGUACUACUGCUACAAAUACUGCAUCUACUACUAUGUCAACUUUAACUACUACUGCAGUUACUACUACUACUACUGCCGCUACUACUACUAAUGCGGCUAUUACUACUAUCACUACUGAAGCUACUUUAAUUGCUUCAACAGUUGGUACAUCUAGUAAUAUUACUACUGCAGCUAGUGCUACCACUACUACUACUACUACUACUGGAGAUGCUGAAGAUACAUUGAAAGCAUUGGAAGUAGAAAUACCAACAUCAACAACAACAACAUCAGCAACAUUAACAACAACAUCGGCAACAUCAACAACAACGUCAGCAACAACAACAUCCGAAAUGACAUCAUCCUCAACUACACUUAGAAAAAUACCCAUUGGAAAAGGUGAUGACGGAAACAAAAAUGACGCUGCAACAGCAUCGAGAUUGCCAUUAGCAACAACAACGAUGAUGACGUCAUCGUCAGCAGCAGCAGCAACAACAACAAUCACAUCAUCAAAACAAAUUACUGCGAGAAAAUCGCCACAAUCGACUACAUCGGACAUCAGAAGAUCUAACACAUCACAACACAAACAACAACUCACAGCUGAACAUAAACUGACCAAUGGACAAUCAACAGAUGCUAAAAAACGAAAGCUGCUAGCAGCCACAGCAGCAGGAGCAGCAGCAACAGCAACAACGCCAACAACAACAACACCUAUAAAUACGAGCAAUGGCGAUACAAAUAUAAACAACUCGGACAACAACAACCCCAUUGCAACAACAACUACUACUACUAACGGAGUGGCUCUGGAUACAACAGCUACAACAGCAGCUACAACAGCAGCAGCCACAAAAAAUAGCAACAACAUAGGCCACAAAUUACUAAUCCACAAAGAAAAACAACUGGAAGACAGGAAAAAGUUGGAAAAUGGACUCAGAGAGAUGGAGCAAAAAGCAGAAGAAAACAAGAAAAAGUGCGACGACGAACGAAGGAAGAAAAUGAAUGAAUUAAGAAAGAGGGAUGACGAGCACCGAGCGGAGGCUGAGAAGAGAAGGAAGAUGCUGAUGGAGAGCGAGAGUGUAAGUAGAUGA